GGAAACACAAAUGAAGAAGAAGACCUGCUAAGCGCAUGCGCAUUCAUUGCUUUUUUUUGUAUAGCUAGUGCGGCUAUAAACAGGAAAUGUCGUCAUCGUGUGGCACCAACAAAGAUGACCACGUUGAAGGUCGAGGCUCGGCAAAAGAAGAGGACAAGGAGCAUCCCCGUGUACUCAUUCCCGAACUCUGUCGGCUCUUCUACCAGCUGGGAUGGGUGACGGGGACCGGAGGAGGGAUCAGCUUGAGAAGAGGAGAGCACAUCUACAUUGCGCCUUCAGGGGUUCAGAAAGAGAGAAUACAGCCAGAAGACAUGUUUGUCUGUGAUGUGGAGGAGAGAGACAUCAGCUGUCCACCUGUCUGGAAGAAACUCAAGAAGAGCCAAUGCACUCCGCUCUUUAUGAACGCAUAUACGAUGAGAAGGGCACAGGCAGUUAUCCACACCCACUCCAAAGCUGCUGUCAUGGCAACACUGCUGUACACUGGCAAGGAGUUCAGAAUAACACAUCAGGAGAUGAUAAAGGGAAUCCGUAAGGGCACCACAGGCACCAACUAUCGAUAUGAUGACAACCUGGUGGUGCCUAUUAUUGAGAAUACCCCGGAAGAGAAGGACUUGAAAGGAAGAAUGGUUCAGGCUAUGGACGAAUACCCUGAUUCAUGCGCCGUCCUCGUCCGGAGACAUGGUGUCUAUGUGUGGGGCGAGUCUUGGGAAAAAGCCAAAACCAUGUGUGAAUGCUACGACUACCUGUUUGAUAUCGCUGUCCAGAUGAAAAAGUGUGGACUGGACCCUUCAGCGCUUCCAGUAGAAGAGAAAGGAAUAGUUUGACAUUUACUGUCGCCUUUUUAAAGAGACAUUUGUUCAAAAAAAGUUUUCCGUUCCAUCGCCACCAUUGAUGAGGCCACGCUACCCCGAACACGGCGAGAAAUUGGGCACCGUCUUGGUGUGCUUCCUGCAACUAGAGGUGCCCGUGUAGACGUGUAUUUAAUGAGGUUAAAAAAAACUUUGACAACCACUGAUUACAUUUGAACAAAUCUAGUCAGCUGCCUUUGUAAUGUAUUUUUUAAAUGGUUAAAGAGACUUUAUGGAAACCCUGUACGUCCGGGUCCAAUAUAAUUAAAGCUGCAAGCAGCAAUAGACGGGA